CACAGCCGACUCGCUAUGCUGAGUGCGGUGAGAACAGGCCUGCGCGCCGCUCAGCACGGACUGACCACCGGCCUUAUACGCUCACACAGUGCGCAGCCUGUCAGAAUGGCUUCGAGUCAAACUGGACAGUCAAAGAUCCCAGCUACUCUUUUGGGGUCGAUGGCGUUCGGGGGGCGCGCGGACGCGGACCUGAGCGGCAGAAUGGUCCAGGCGUUUCUGGAGCGCGGUCAUCAUGAGCUGGACACUGCCCUCAUGUACACAGGCGGACAGGCAGAGGCAAUAAUAGGAGGCAUGCAACUUCCCAAGACAGUUACAAUUGCCACCAAAGCGAACCCUUGGGAAGGCAAGACACUGAAGCCAGAAAGUGUGCGCUCUCAGCUAGAAACCUCUCUGAAGAGGCUUCAGACCCAGAGCGUGGACAUCUUUUACCUGCACGCUCCUGACCAUGAGAACCCUGUUCAAGAUACACUCCAGACCUGCAAUGAGCUCCACAAAGAGGGAAAGUUCAAAGAACUGGGCUUGUCCAACUAUGCCUCCUGGGAAGUGGCUGAAAUCUACUGCAUCUGCAAACACAACAACUGGGUGCUUCCCACAGUCUAUCAGGGCAUGUACAAUGCCACCACACGACAAGUGGAGACAGAACUCAUUCCAUGCUUGCGACACUUCGGCAUCCGUUUCUAUGCGUACAAUCCGCUCGCAGGAGGUCUGCUGACUGGGAAGUACCACUAUGAAGACAAAGACAGUAGUCAACCUGCAGGACGCUUCUUUGGAAAUAAAUGGGCUGCUGCCUACAGAGACAGGUACUGGAAGGAAAGCCAUUUCCAUGCCAUAGAUGGCAUUCUUAAGGCUCUUGAAGCAGCUUAUGGGUCACAGAAGCCAACGCUAACAUCAGCCGCCAUACGCUGGAUGUAUCACCACUCUCAGCUGAAGGGUGACCUUGGAGAUGGGGUCAUCAUUGGCAUGUCCACCAUGGAGCAGCUUCAGGAGAACAUGGCAGCAGCUGAAGGCGGCCCUCUGAAGCAGGAGGUCGUGGAUGCAUUCAAGGAUGGCUGGGACCUGGUGGCCCACGAGUGCCCCAACUAUUUCCGUUAGACACUGACUGUAUUGGUAGACACUGGUGGAUGACACCUUUAAUCUGACUUGUAAACAAUCAUUUUUACAAUAAUUUUAUUUUUCCAAAAGAUCUUUUCAUAAGAAACUUCUGUUCACAAAACUAAAGAUUAAAUGCAUAAUUGUUCAUUUGUUGAUUCCAGCA